UUGAUGAGAAUUUCCUUCUGCGCACUUUUGGAAGAUUUGGGCCCAUAGCUAGUGUCAAGAUUAUGUGGCCAAGAACAGAUGAGGAGAAGAGGCGACAGAGAAACUGUGGCUUUGUUUCCUUCAUGAAUAGGGCUGAUGGACAAGCUGCAAAAGAUGAAAUGCAAGGGAUAAUAGUGUACGAGUAUGAACUUAAAAUUGGAUGGGGUAAAGCAGUAUCUCUACCAUCACAAGCAUUACCCGCCCCACCACCUGGACAUAUGGUUAUUCGGAGUAAGGAGGGCUGCAACUUGGUUUUUUCUGGUCAAACGGGUCCACCAAUAACUUCUGUUCCAAAUCAAAACUCUGAGCUGGUUCUUACCCCUAAUGUUCCGGAUAUCACUGUUGUUACUCCUGAGGACGAGCACCUCAGACAUGUCAUUGAUACAAUGGCUCUCUAUGUUCUGGAUGGUGAAUGUGCUUUUGAACAAGCUAUCAUGGAGAGGGGCCGUGGGAAUCCAAUGUUUAAGUUUUUGUUCGAGCUUGGCUCGAAGGAGCAUACUUACUACGUCUGGAGACUCUAUUCCUUUGCUCAGGGUGAUACACUUCAAAGGUGGAGAACAGAGCCGUAUAUCAUGAUAACUGGUAGUGGAAGAUGGAUACCGCCACCUCUGCCUGUAACUAGGACCCAGGAGCACGAAAAAGAGUCUGCCAGCACAUAUGCAGCGGGAAGAAGCAGGCGUGCGGAAGUUGAGAGGACUCUGACCGAUCCCCAGAGGGAUGAGUUCGAGGACAUGUUGCGUAACCUUACUUUAGAAAGGAGUCAGAUUAAAGAAGCUAUGGGUUUCGCUUUAGAUAAUGCAGAUGCAGCUGGAGAGGUUGUUGAAGUUUUGACGGAGUCCCUGACCCUAAAAGAGACCUCAAUUCCAACUAAAGUUGCUAGACUCAUGCUUGUGUCUGAUAUUCUUCAUAAUAGCAGUGCACGUGUUAAAAAUGCAUCUGCGUACCGAACCAAAUUCGAAGCAACUCUACCCGACAUAAUGGAAAGCUUCAAUGAUCUGUAUCGAAGCAUAACUGGAAGAAUUACCGCUGAGGCUCUAAAAGAACGGGUUCUCAAAGUGCUGCAAGUAUGGGCAGAUUGGUUUCUCUUUUCAGACGCAUACAUAUAUGGACUACGUUCCACAUUUCUCCGAUCAGGAGUAUCUGGUGUUACCUUAUUUCAUUCUAUCUGCGGUGAUGCACCUGAAAUAGAGAACAAAAGUUCCGUUGACAACAAGAGUGAUAUUGGUAAGAUCAAUCCAGAUGCUGCGCUGGCAAUAGGCAAAGGAGCUGCAAGGCAAGAGCUGAUGAAUUUACCGAUCUCUGAGCUUGAGAGACGUUGCCGGCACAACGGACUGUCUCUUGUAGGAGGUAGAGUAAUGAUGGUUGCCCGGCUACUAAGCCUUGAAGACACAGAGAAACAACGUGGCUAUGAAGCAGUGGAUGAAAUUUCAAAGCAUCAUCCGCAAGACCAUUCAACUUGGGAAGAAAUUAAGAGUGAGCGGGAGCAUAUUAAGAACAGCUACGCAGAAGUUGAAAUGAAAGAGCCUAUGAAUCUUCCCACGACAAUACCAAUCCCACAGCCUGAGCUGAAAGCCUUUGUGGCAAAAGAGAAGAAUGACCUAAUAUAUCCAGCUUCAAAAUGGGCGAGAGACGAUGACGAAGCUGAUGAUGAACAAAAAAAGAGCUCCUCUUCAGGAAGUGACAAUACUGGUGGGAUAACUUUCAAGGCUGAUGACGAGGAUCUCAAGGGUAAUGAUUGUGUCCGCGCCCAACCUGACAAUGGAAUGGAUGAGGAACAAAGACAAAAGCGUAGACGCAUAGAAGUUGCUUUAAUAGAGUAUCGUGAAACUCUUGAGGAACAGGGGAUGAAAAACUCCGAGGAGAUAGAGAGAAAAGUAGAAAUCAACAGAAAAAGGCUUGAAGUUGAUUAUGGCUUAUCAGGACCUAACGAGGGCAACAGAAAUCAGAAAUCAAUAAUAGAGCGGAAGGAGAGGCGAGAAGAUUCUCGAGAAUCUUCUAAAAAGCGGCAACGUGGGGAUAACAAGAGCCAAAGUCCGCCGCGGAAAUCAUCAACCAGGGAGAGGGAGAGAGAUCAUGACUUGGACAGAGACAGGGAUAGAGACAGAGAGAGACACAGAGACAGAGAUAGGCAACAUGAUUUGAACAGGGACCGAGACCGACGUGAAAAAAGUUCAAGCCACGAUCGAGAUGAUCAUGAUAGAAGCAAAGAUAGAGACAGGGACUGGCGCAGACGAGGCACGAGAUGAUGAUACCAUUAUGCUUGUUUCUCACCUCAUGGUUUUGUUCUUUGCAUUACUGGAAAUUAUCUUCCUAUGAAAAGAUUUUAACCCUUUCGUGUUUCUAAAUCCAGAAGAUAUGUAGAACACUUGGUCCCAGACACAGCUUGUAAUUGUGUAUUCAAAUUUCUGAAAGUUUCCUCAUU